CCUUACGACUGCCGCCUCUGCUUGCGCUUAUACCGCGGGUCUUCUCGGGACAGAAGGCGUAAGAGGGUAGGUAGUAGUAUAUAUCGAAGAGGAGAGAAAAGAAGGACAAGAGGAACCCCGCCAUGUCGUCGUUCGACCAACCCCUCCCGCCCUUCAACGCCUCGGACCCGAGCGCCUCGUUCCUGAGCACCUCGUGCCUGGACUUCCUGAUGAUCGAGCUGGUGCCCAUGGCGUACCGCGUCGCGAACGAGCUGGAUGCGCCGGAGCCCGGCGCCGCUGCUGCUGCUGCUGCUGCUGCUGCUGAUGGCGGGGAGGCGGGGACGGCUGGGAAGAAGUUGGAUGAGGACGAGGAGAGGGAUGCGGUUUUCUUCAGGCUGGACGGGCUGGGGUACAGAGUCGGGCUGGGGCUCGUUGAGCGCUUCUCCCGCGACCGCCCACGCUUCAACGACACCCUCGACGCCAUCAAGUUCAUAUGCAAGGACCUGUGGAUGCUGGUCUUCAAGAAGCAAGUCGACAACCUCAAGACCAACCACCGCGGCGUCUACGUCCUGACCGACAACGCCUUCCGCCCCCUUUCGCGCAUGAGCGCCGAUGCCGGCGGCCACGCCGUCGUGAGGGCCCAGCCUUUCCUGUGGUUCCCUUGCGGCAUCGUCCGCGGCGCCCUCGCCGCCAUGGGCAUCGCCGCCACCGUCCAGGCCGAGACCAACGAGCUUCCCGGCGCCGUUUUCCAGAUCAAGACCGUGCCUGCCAAGCAAUGAGAUCUCGUUACUUGACUUAACCUAACCACCCUGCCUGGACUUGGUCUACUUACUACAUGGCAGAAUUAUCUCUUGGCACGCCGACUGUCUACGUAAGGCAGGAUUCGUCAUGCC